UGUGUGUGUGUGUGUGUGUGUGUGUGUGUGUGUGUUGACACCACACUUUCCUGUCUCACGUGGCCCCCGUGCAACGUUACUUCCUUUACGACCCCCUCCCUAUUUAAAGGCCAGAAGAGCUGCAGCCGGGGAUUAGAGACAGUCCUCACACUCUUCACGCUCAGCCACUGACCGACUGUCGCUCUGGACGACUCGGUGCUGACCCGUCACGGGUGUCGAGGCCGAGCCACGUUUGGACUUUAGUUCCCGAUCAGGAGAUUUUCAGAUUUUGGACAGAAACAAGAGAAGCUGAAUAUUCCUUCAGUUCUGCACUUUACUGGAAUUUUUACCAGAAGACAAAAAGACCAGAACCAGAACCAGAACCCUCUGAAGACUUGAACAUUCAGAUCUUUUCCGACUUGGACUGCACUGACUCUGUGAGGAGCGACGACACUCUGAAACUCUUUAUUUCUGAAUCUGUGGAAACGCAAAGUAAAAGUGUUUCAGGAAAUCGUUGCGUCACCAUGAGCAGCGGUGGAACCACCACAGUUUCACCUCAGGAGCCGCCGGCUUUCAAACGCGCCGUACGGAAGAUCAAAUGUGCCGCCAUGGUGGCUAACUUGGCCAAGAGCUGGCAGGGCUGGGCCAAUGAUCACGCAGGGAAGCAGGACGCCAUCCCGAGCGGCUGGAUGCCUUCGUCCGUGGAGGAUGACACCAAAAAAGAGCGCGACCACGUGGUCAAACUGACAGUCACCCCGCGCGUCAUUGCGGCGGACGCCUCCGACGCUGGCGGCAGUAAGAUCAGAACCUGCUCCGUCACUAAGACAGUGCAGCCAAAACGCAGCGAGUGCAGCAGUAGCGACUUGGUCAACGCCAUCCGAGGAAAGAUGGAGUCGGGUCCCGAGGACAGCAAGCCUUUCCUUGGCAACGAGUCGCCGACACGGCGGCGUCAGAUGAGGGCGCUGCAGAGUGCAGCGGCAGGAGGAGGGGUCAUCCAGGACAGGAAGAUGAUGCUCCAAGAGAAGAAGAAGCUGGGGUCAAGGAGCGGCAGCGUGGAGACGGAGGACAGCGGGCUGGAGGAGGAGGCGGGGCUUAGCGACAACGGUGAAGCCAAAACCGAACACAGCGACAUCGAGUUCAAGAAACAGACCGACAGACCGAAGAUUAAGAUCGCCACCAUGGGCGACAUCAAGAGCCGCUGGCAGCAGUGGUCCAAUCAGCACAUGGAGGGCCAGAAGCUCAACCCCUUCAGCGAGGAGUUCGACCACGACUAUGCCAUGGCUCAGCGCCUCCGCAAGGGCGACUCCGGUUACGGUCGACCCAAAGACGGCUCCAAGACGGCGGAGAGGGGCGACCGCGCCCAGAAGCACAUCCACAGGGAGAUGGAGGAGAUGGUGUGGAUCAUCAGAGACAUGGGCUUCGAGGACAAAGAGGGGAGGACCAUCAUCUCCUUCGGACGCCUCUUCGACCGCUACGUGAAGAUCUCGGACAAGGUGGUGGGCAUCCUGCUGCGCUGCCGCAAACACAAGAUGCUGGACUUUGAGGGGGAGAUGCUGUGGAAAGGACAGGACGAUGAUGUCAUCAUUACGCUGAGGGACUGAGGACACACGCAUGUCGUACACACAUCCACACACACGGAAACACGCAUGUAAAUCACCAGCAGACAUCACCUGCCAUGCUAACCACGAUGCUAACCACAAUGCUAACCACAGAGCUACAUCAUUUAUGCUAGAAAAAUGGAGGAAUACUAAGCAGAGACUAUUAGAACAAUUAUAUAGUGUUUAUGAGAAUUAAUUUUUAAUAUUAAUAUGGAUUAUUAAUUCAUGUUUAAUGAUAAUCAUACACAUAACAAAGCUUUAAGGAUAAACACAUUGAAAGGAAAUGAAUGGAACUAUUAACAUAUUAACAGGCAUACACAUGUAAGCCACACACACACACACACACACACACACACACACACACACAACACACACACCAGACUCUCAUAUGUACCUGACAGGUCAUCCGGUGAAAGGAAGCUAUGUUUAACAUGCUGACCAUGCUAGCCUCGCUAACUAUGCUACAUGCUAGACGCCUUGAGAAUCUAGCAUAGUGUCAGUGAUGUUAAAAGCUUCAGUCAAACUGCAGCUGAAGAAACUUACACCUGAUCUCAUCUCAUAACUCAGACUCAACGAGGUCUCUGUUCUGUCCUGUUAAGCUAAUUUCUUUGGAAGCUAGUAAACGAGCUAGCCAUGACGUUAGCAAUGUUACAGAACAUCCUGGGUGUUUUUGUUGAUGACAACAGGACAAAAACAGGACAAAGAGUCAAAACAACAAUUACACAGCAAUAUGACCAAAGUGUUUCUUUUGUUUUGUUUGUUUAGUUUUUAGUUUUUUGUCCUCUUUAGACUGACUUUAGCGUCACUUGCUAGCAGAGCUAAAAGCCUGGCAGCAGCUAAUAUUUACAUUAAGGCAGAAACAACAGAGGAAAAAAUUAAUUGGUAUUUUAAUUGGAUUCUUUUUAUAUUUGUUAUUAUGUGUGUUUUGUAUGGGAUUUAAACUAAAUCAACUUUUGCUGAUACUUUUAUAGAGUUCUGCAGGAAUGACUCCUGAGCCACAGAAAUUAGGCUAGUUAGCAUUUUAGCUGUUUUUGAAUAGGUUUUUGAUUAGAUGACUGAAAUACAGUCUGUAGUUUACACAUAAACAUUUUCAUAUUUUAUUCUACAUCAAACAUAAGUAAAUACCCCACAUGUGAUUUUUAUUUAACCUUUUAUUGUCUUAAAGUCGAUGGUUGCUAAUGGCUUAAUGAGACUACAGGAAAGGCUUUUUUAGAAGAGAUCAGACCUAAAUCAAACUACAAGUUGAAGUCCAGAGGUGGUGGUGUUGAAGUCAUGUGACCGUGGUGUAGUUGGUAUUUAGCCUAACACAGUGGUUCCCAACCUGUGGGCCGGGCUCCUCUGGUGGGCCGUGAAGGUAUUGCAAGUGACAAAAAUCAUUUGCAAAACAGCACAAUUUUAGUGAAAAGAUGUAAUUAUAAAGAAUAGAAAAUAUAAUAAAAAAUAAACUAUAAAUAAUGUUUUUCAAUGUUUUGAAAAUAAAUUAUCCUUAAAAACAUAAAAAAUGUUGAAAAACUUAAAUCACAGGAUUAUUUAUGUUGUCGCCGGCCAGACCGCAUCAUAUGGUGAGAGAUUUUUAAGUCGGCCAUGAGUUAGAGAAGGUUGAUAACCACCGACCUAACAUCAGCUUUUUACUUCUGCUGAUUGUAUUUAGGCUUAAACAUGAUAAAGUGGUUAAUUAGUGAAGACGAUCCUGCUGAAUAAAACCUGUCAGGAUCAUAACACUGUUGUUUAUUUUUACUAAUAAUCCAAAACACAAUGGAAAAAUCCCAUUGGCUUUUAAUGGAGGGAACCAAAGUGAUGCUAACUUCCUGGUUGGACUACAAACAUACAUCACCCCUGCAGCUCUAUAGGUUGUACAGUACGUAGAUGCAGUUGACACACUCGGCUUCCUGUCGUCUGUCUUUCAAACUAAAAGUCAGAGCCAUAAACUUUUUUUUGGACCACAAUAAUUAAUCUGUGAACUGUUCUCCAGCAGCUGACUGGUUGAUUGGCCCUUGAUUUUCAGAGCAGAGGAGCUUUGUAGAGUUAAUGUGAUAAGCUCUCACACAUACAGCGUUUCAUCUGUAGAGGAAAUAACAAGCAACAGGAGGCUGGAGCCCAGCGAUGGAAAUCUUAUCUGCUGAUUCAUGUAUGAAAACCUCUCCUCCGCUGAGCGCAUGUGUGACGUGUGAUAGUUUUCAAGUAAAUAAUUGAAUUGUGAAAAGUCAUUUACCUCAUUUUAACUUUUAGCAGAGGCUUGAUUGGAGUGAAUGAAACUUGCUAAUGCACAAUAAAUUAAUUUUGAAUAUUUCUUUUCUUUCAAAGUGAAAGCGUGCGAGUCUUCUUACAGAAGAACAUUUAAAGAUAAUGUGAUACAGAAACUGUGCAGGGUGCUGCAUCGUGCACAGAUUAAUAUGACUGUGAACAGAGAUAAGUGGAACAUCAUUCAGCACUGAGACUGUGAAGGUAGAGGUGUAGCGUUGUUGCUGUGCUCAGAGUGUUAACGUAGGAAACACUGACGUCAAUAAAGGUUUAAUUUAAACACUGACAUCCUGUUUUUCUUUGUUAGAGCAGAUUGUGUUGGAUAUUGAGCUGCUUCAUACGGUGAGGCUGCUGGGGGAGGUGUAAUGCCUUGCUCAAAGGUCACUCAGGUAACAAACCAAGAGGGAUGAACAGGAAGUCACAUUUUCAUCCUCCAUCAUCAUGGUUACCUCAUGAUGUUGUGUCAGUAUCUGGUCCCAUCAUCAGCUAAUUUGAUAAUAGUUCAGCCUAAAAUCAGACGUUUAAAUCCAGUUUAAUCUGUUUUGACUUCACACCAACAAACUACAGCUGAGACCAUUUGUUUCAUUUCCUGUUUUAUUUUGUAUUAUUUUCUUUGUGUAUCUUGUGGUCAUUUUACUUCCUGUCCUUGUCCCGUUUCGCUCCUUGUUGAUUGGCUGUCCUGCCCUGAUGUGUUUCACCUGUGUUCAAUCACCUGUGUUCAAUCACCUGUGUUCAAUCACCUGUGUUCAAUCACCUGUGUUCAAUCACCUGUGUUCAAUCACCUGUGUUCAAUCACCUGUGCCUCUCUGGUGUGUAUUUAGUCUCUGCUCUUCCUUGUCAGUCUGUCCUGUUUUACCUGGUUGUGCUCUUUCUUUUUUCUUUGUUUAAUAAAUCACCUGUUUCCUUG